UUAACUAUAUAAGGGGAUAAUAUAUCUUUUGUAAAUUAUUUUGUUUGACAAUUUUUCGCUCGAUGUCUCUUUUUUUUUACAACCAAUUCUGAUUUAAACCUAUACAAAUUUCACCAAAAUGGCAGCAAAUGAAUUAAACUUAAGAAGAGGUGUAAAUGACGUCUAUCUUAAAUAUAAUUGUAGAACUGAAAAGUGUCUUGAACGAAAUGAUCAAAUCAUGUUCAUCCCAUUUACAAGUAUAACUUUAAAUUUUGAUUUAAAGAUUAAUGGUAAUCAACUUUAUGAUCAAAACUAUGACUCUCUAGUUGAUACAAUCAGUAAUGAGAUAUCUCAAUCUGAAUAUUGGAAAAAGUUGAAUUUUAAAGUUGAUACAAUAGUAGAUGAUGAAUUUAGUUUUAGGAUUGUAAUACAUUGCAAUAUAUUUAAUAACAUUAUUAAUGAGUUUCUUGAUUUAAAUAAUUCCGGUAAAAUUACUACAAUUUUUGAUGAAAAUAUUGAUGUACUUCGAGAAAUCCAUAUAAUUAUUGAAUAUCAAACUGAGAUGACUAGUUUAUUGCUUAAAGAGUAUUUAAAAGAUGUAAACUAUGUGAUUACAAGUUUGCUUAUUAAUUUAGAAUACAUUUUCCCAUUAAUAUUUUCAGUUUAUGGACGGCAAUUCUUUAAUUUAAACUAUAGUAACAUCAAAAGAGUUCUUUAUGAACUUAAGAAUGAUCAAAUUAAUGAAACACAAUGUGAAUCUUAUAUAUUACAUCAAGCAUUAAUUCAUAAUUUAAUGAAGGUGCAAGCUCGAAUUUUAACUGAAUUUAAUAUCAUUAAUGUAUUAAAGGAAUCAGAUCAAUCUAAUUAUAGGUCUAGAGUAUUACGGAUUAAUAAAGGAAAAACUAGUGACACAAUGGCUGUUAAAAAUUUUCCUUAUUCCUUGGCAUUAAUUGAAAUUAAUAAUAAAUAAACAUGACUUAAGGUUAUUAUAGUUAAUAAUUAUUGCAGCAACGGCAAUUGAAAAAAAGUGAAAACUUUUGAAAAAUUCUGUGGCACCCCCAAUUUAAACACCGACUAAUAUUGGGGGAACACACCUUUAAAACAUAGGGGGAAGGCUUACAUAGUCAAAUAAAAUCCCCCCACUUUCAUGUAUGCUAGUACCGGAAGGUGAUUCCACACUAUUUAUAUAGUUU